ACUGACUUCACACAGCUCACAUGUUCGUCUUCUUCGUCUAACAAACAGUCCUCAAGAAAGCAAGUCUAGGAGUCUUAUUGAUAUUGAAAUUCAAAGUUAAUAAUUAACCACAGCGGCUGUGAUGGCACACCCACAGCCAACCGAGUUGAGGGCUAGGGUUUCUGGAGCCUUGGUGGAMGAAAAGGACAGYACCRAYAACGGUCUGACAAGGCCACAKACUUUUGCUGAUGACGUUCCCCUGCUAGACGAAGAAGCAAUACUYAGUAAACACGAACUGAUGGAACAACAAGCUAUUGAAAUUGAAUUAGAAAAAACUAGUCUUACUAGCAGUCGCAAAGAGCGUCUGAGAUUUAGAGAUGGCGAACGACUAAUAGAUUACGUYCUUGUUUAUGAGACUCCAGCCGACGAUUCCAAGCUAGAUGAAGACGACCAGAAAACGGAAGAYGACAAUGCCGAGAAAAGAAGAGUUUUCGAGGCGAAUUUGAAGGAAGCAGGGCUGGAGUUGGAGUACGAGGAAGGUGUUUCAACCAAGGUCAACACAAAGCGUGACACUCAUUUCAUCAAAGUGCAUGGCCCUUGGGAGCUUCUUUCCAAAACAGCUGAAGACAUGCUGAUGAAGAUGCCAAUCAAAGAAAGUGACAUUGAGAUCAAAUCUUGGGCAGAGAAGCAUUUAAGUGAAGAAUUUCUAGAAUCAGUACACAGCAAAGACCCUUUCAAGGUSAAAAACUCCUCCAUCCCCUCCCCUCCAAGGCAGUUUGUUGCAACGUUCCGCAGAGAACAUUUAGACCAGUUUCUAGGUCAUCAUGAUCAGAUGACAUUUUUCAGCCCGAGUGAGCGAAGUCGCAUGGUUGAAAGAAUCUGUCUUCAGGUGAGGUUUGGUGAGGACCGUUUUGAUCAUGGUAUCAAGCGUCUACUCCAUCAUGGUGCCUACGUAGCUGCAUAUCCACUUCAUUCGGGACCUGAGGAAGUCGCAAUGGGUCAUGAACCAUCAAGUGACAGGCAGAGAUUGAGACRAGAGUGGGCACGAUUUGGUCGCUGGCUCAAGUAYCAGCCCUACCAUGCCAUUAAAGAUUACUUUGGUACUGAAAUAGGUCUGUACUUCUCCUGGCUUGGUUUCUACACCGCUAUGCUGGUCCCUGCAGCCUUAUUUGGUUUGAUAGUGUUCAUAUACGGUAUUGUAAAYGCCUACAACUUUCCUCCUGUCAAAGACAUCUGUAACAAGACUAAUGAGGCUGAGUUUUACAUGUGCCCUCUCUGUGACCAGCAAUGUCCGUAUUGGUCUCUCAUUUCAAACUGCUACUAUGCCAUUGCAGUGCACGCUUUUGAUAACGAUGCAACUGUAGUGUUUGCAAUCUUCAUGUCAAUCUGGGCYACUCUGUUCUUGGAGUUCUGGAAACGACGACAAGCUGUUCUCGCCUAUGAGUGGCACAUGAUGCACUUUGAAGAUGAAGAGGAACAGCCACGCCCUGAAUUUUUGACACGUGUCACCACCCUUAAAGAAGAUCCGGUAACCAAGAAGAUGAUACCGCACGUUCCCAAGAGGCAACGCUACCAAAAGCUUGCAGGUGUUGGCAGUCUCGUGGCGUUUAUGAUCUCGCUUGUGCUGGCUGCGGUGGUUGGAGUUGUUGUAUACCGCGCGUCUGUCUAUGGUUCUCUAAUGAGUUACAAGGAUAAAUCAGUGAGAGAAAAUGCCAAGAUUGCAACCACCAUCACGGCCGCUAUUAUCAACUUGGUCUGUAUUAAUCUCCUGAAGUUUGUGUACGAAAGACUUGCUAUGUUCCUCACCGAAUGGGAAAACCCUCGCACACAAACAGACUUCAAGGAUAGCUUUACCUACAAGAUGUACCUCUUCCAGUUUGUCAACACGUAUUCGUCCAUUUUCUACAUCGCGUUCUUCAAGCUAAACCUUGUCAUCGGUACCCCCGGUAAUUAUCGACGUUUAGUAGGAAAGUUCCGACUUGAUGGUUGCAGUUCCGGGGGAUGCUUGAUGGACCUUUGUAUCCAAAUGGUUAUCAUCAUGGUUGGUCAGCAGGUCAUUGGUAACAUCACAGAGAUUGCCAUCCCAGGUUUGAUGAAAUGGUGGAAGUUACGGCAAGCCAGGAAAGAAUCUUACAUCGAUCUUCCACAAUGGGAGGCUGAUUACAAAUUAGGUGCCUUGCCAGAACAUCAUCUGUUUUGGGAGUACCUUGAAGUAGUUCUUCAAUUUGGCUUUGUCACAAUGUUCGUUGCCGCCUUCCCACUCGCCCCGCUCUUUUCGCUGCUUAAUACAGCCAUGGAGAUCCGGGUCGAUGCCAUUAAUUUUAUAUGUCAGUUCCGUCGUCCAACGUCGCUUCGUGCACAAGAUAUCGGCGCAUGGUUUCAAAUCAUGGAGGGUUUGGCUAACAUUUCCGUGUUGGUUAACGCUUUUGUCAUUGCGUUUACGUCUGACUUCAUACCAAGGUUAGUGUACAAGUCCAAGUACAGUCCUGACGGUACUCUACACGGAUAUCUCAACAAUAGUCUAUCAUACUUUAACGUCUCUGACUACGCUCAAAGGGAUUCAAUGGCGAGACCACAAGACCGCUAUGCCUACACUGUUCUCAACUACUCUAGACCUUWUUGUCGGUAUCCAGGCUAUCGAGAACCACAUGCCCCCUACGAUGUUACCAAGCAACACUGGCACGUGAUCGCUGCCCGCCUGGCCUUCGUGUUCGUAUUUCAAUACAUCGUUUAUGCCGUCACAAAGUUCAUYGCUUACAUCAUACCUGACAAACCACGUCAUCUAGAGUUGAGGAUCAAAAGAGAGGAGUACUUGGCCAAGAAAGCUCUAGAGGAAUCAAUGCAGCCCGUUCAUGCUUAGAAAACUUACAAGUAGUACAAUGCUCAAUUUGACAUGUCGUACAGAGGUGGACUUGAAAACAUACAGUCCAACAAAUCUAUUUYYCUUGCUUGUCCAUGCCGUAAGGACGCCAUAAAACGAAUUCAUAACUAGAUGUCAUUGGUUGUACUUGUUUUUUCGUAAAUGCAUGUUGACUAAAAUGUCUCAAGUUAUGUAACUUGUUUUUCUAAAGUACCGAUCUUGUCACCAAAAAAAGUAUAGAAGAAAGAUGACAGAACAACAAUUUUUUGACUCGGAAAAGCGGGCAAUAUACCCUAUACUAUUUUGCAACAGGAAUACCUAAUUUUUCAGCUAAUAAUCCUCAAGGUGGAUCACACAAGCAAUGUAAUUGCGGAAACAGUGCAUUGUUUAUUUUCUUGCCGUAUACUGGCCUUGCAUCUGUUAUGUCGCAGUUAUGAACCUGUGAGUUUUCUUCCUGCGGCAAGCUUACGUUGUUUGUGUGAACCGGCAGGUUUUAGAUUUUUUCACAAGUUUUCAUCAUCGUUAUAGAGCGUUGAUUCAUACAGGAAGAUAAUACUAGCAAAUAUUAUUAUAUAAUUAUAUUGAUUAUGAUAAUGUGUUCAUUGAUUCUUUACGAAAAGUUACAAGAAAAUAAUAUAUCGUCUAUAAAUCAAGAAGUAAUAAAAUAUGUCAGUGAUUCUGUUA